GAGGAAGCAGCUCAGUCAGACAGACAACUGACAGGAAGGAACCAUAUGCUGCGAUUUGACUAAAACUUUUUAGCCACUUUUAUCUUCAAUUCCUCUUCAAAAGCGUUUGCACCUUUCGUUUUGAGCCUGAACUACAUGAACUACAUGCUGGCAAAAAGGGGGAACUAGAGCUUAGCACUACCCCCCUCCUCCUCCCUCCCAGUCUUCAGCACACAAUAUCCUCUUUUGGACCCAACCUGCCCCCGUUUUUGUGUUAUCUCUUUGGUUUUAGCGUGGCACACACACGCAGCGGGGAUGAUUGUCUGGGCAGAUGGUGCUCAGUGUGUGAACUAGAAGCUGAGACAGAGGCAGAGAGGGACAGAGUCUUCGUCCACCAUGGGAUGCUGCAGUGUGACCCAGAGGCAUACUGGAGUGGACGAGGUGGGCCCCGAUGAGAUCGAGCUCCUGGAACUUUCUGGUGACAAUUUAGGGGUGUGGAGUCUGGGAGAAACGAGGCUUCAGCUGUCAGUGAGAAGCAGCAGAGAAGAGCAUCAUCUACCACCACCACCACCUCCACCUCCGCCGCGCUACCCCUCGAUACAACACAAGGAGCAAGAGGUGGUACUGUGGGGCAGGAGCAGAGAGGAGCUGCACCAAAGGAUUUACUCCCAGCAGCCAAUCAGAGACUGGGAGGGCCAGCCUCCACACAUGUAUGGAGAGAUCAUCUACUCCUCGCUUGUGUCUCUCUACAACAGCUACACACAGGAAACCAGUGAACACUUCCUGGUGUUGUUCUCUUUCCACCUGCUGAUCCUCUCCCUCGACCACACAAGACAAGACUUCCGUUAUGGGGGCAUCCUCCCCCUCUCUGGAGUUUCCUUACAACCUGUCUCUCUGGAUUCUGAGUCGUCACAUUCGCCUCACAUGUUCGAGAUCAGCAGUCCAAUGGUGGAAUCCAAGGUGUUCAAAUGUGCCGGAGCUGCAGAUUUACAGAAAUGGAUGCAACAUGUUGAAGACAGAAAAUACAAAUCAAUGACACAACCAAUGAGUCCCUCCCACUGCGCGCUCUCCUAUCUGUUACCCUGUGACGAGCACUGGAAAAGAGAAGAACUGAAAAAGUACUUACACCAGGCUCCCAUAAGGCAGUGGGAGGGUUCACCGAUACAGCACAUGGGUCAGCCAGGAUGUAUAUCUUUUGUCCAUAUCAUCAACACACACAGACAGGGACUCCUGGAACGACUGAUGGUCCUCUUCCCUCAAGAAGUCCUGCUGCUGUCAGUGGACAACAAACGGCAGAAUAUAAGAUAUGAGGGAAGGUUACCUCGACAUGGCAUCAAAGCCGUGGAGAGGUCAGCGCUGCCUGGACGCCUGGAGUUUGAGCUCAUAGGUGAGCUGGUGGAGCCUCUGCUCGUCUCUUGUACCUGUCAGGAGGAUUAUUGGAACUGGAUCUUCCAGUUACAACAGCCGGACAGAAGCGGCCACGUCUCUGUGAGUCCUCCUGCACCCCCCAUCAAGCCAAAAGUGCAGAGGAGCAGGAAGGAGUCGCAGGAGCCGAUGCUAUCAGACCAACAUCACAUCAACGGAAACAGCUGACUCCUCAGAUUCAGCGCAACUUGAGAAAUGAUUGUAAAUAUAAAUAUUCAAGUGUAGAUAGUAUGUAAAUAUAACACUUUGAUGACUUGAAGCAGGGACGUGGUCCUGAAAUAUGCUCACACUGAUUUUGACAUGAUGUAGUCACUUUGAGCGGCUGAAAGUAGUGUUGUAGUACUUAAAAAUCGGUCUUGGUCUUUUUGAAGGUCUCGAUCUCGUCUCAGAAUCGAAAGCAUUUUUACACGAUCACAGACUGGACAGACUCAGGAUUUUAAAUCAAGACUGGUCAAGACCACCACUGAUCAGCUAUAUUUCCACAUCCAUACUGUGAUUAGAAAACGCCUCUUUCUAAUAGAACAAAUAACUUCAAUUCAAUCAUAAUAUUAUUUGUUUCCCCCAGUUACCUUCCAGGUGUUAGAGUCUGUGAGUGACAUCCCGCUGCACACAAGAUGAUGAUUGUUCUGUGAUAUUUAAGGUCUUGGUCUUGACUCGGUCUCGUUCCCUAAAUGUCUCGGUCUCCAAGCAUUCUGGUCUUGGUCUCGGUUUGUGUGGUCUUGACUACUUCACUGAAAGACAAGUCCAGCUCUCUUCUUGGGGUGAAAAACAGGAACAGGGUCAUGUCAGAGUAAAGAUGAUGAAGAAAUGUAGAUGUAGAGAUUGUAGAGUUUUAUGUGUAAUAAAGAAAAAUAAACUAAUAAACGAUUUGAUGUUU